AUGUCUUCUUUACUUUCUGCUGCUACAAGUGGUGCUGGUUCUGCUGGUUCUGCUCUUACAAGUGCUAUGGGUAGUAUGACUUCUGCUGCUGUCAGUGGUUCUUCUUCCAUGUCUGCUUCUGCUGAUUCCAAGUCUUCAUCUUCUGGUGGUAAGAUGAGUUCUAUGCUCAGUUCUGCUGCUUCUGGUGGUAGUUCUCUUAUGUCUUCUGCCACUGGCUCUUCUUCCAGUAAGGCUGAGGGUAACAACAACGCUGUCGCUGGCAUGGCUGCUGCAGGUAUGGCUGCUAUUGCUGCCUUGAUCUAA